AUAGGCUUGUUAGCGUUUGAUUUACCCCCGAACGAACAAGACAUUUCAAAAUUACGAAAUUCAAUUCAAUGUAUACUGGAAGGUCUUGUAUUUCAUAAAUAUUUGCAAUCUAGAGAAAAACAAUUGCGGAGAAAAAAUUGUAAAACAAAGCUGCUAAGCAGAAUCCAGUUUACCAAACUGUAUCCUGAGAGCAACGACACGAAUAUACACGACCUGGACAUCACCGCACUGUGCUUCAUAUUGUUCGAAGGAAUGGGUUUUAGGCCAACAUCUGACUUUGAUAAACUUCCGUUGGAAAGUGUUAUAACGGAAGCCGAUGAUAUGUUACGGAUUAAGAUAUGCAGAAAUAUUCUUGUCCACCAGCCGGUUGCUGAAAUAAGUGAUGAUAAUUUCGAUACCUAUUGGGAGUGUUUAACGGGGGCAUUUGAACGAUUAUUAAAAAGUCCAAGUGUUCGACGGGAAAGCGAGAGACUCAAGUCUUUACGACUUCCAGAUGAGAAAAUAGACCAAUUUAAGGUAAUGAUACAGGGAUGGCGAAAGGAUGAUGAAGACGACCGAAGAAAACAGCUAGACCAGAUAACAGACAUUGUGACACAAACCGGCUUACACACAGAAAGUGUUAUCAAAGCCAUCGGAACACAGAUAGUAGAUAACCAGAACGAAAAGCACGAAGGGCGUGUCACCUUGUUUAAAAAAGCAGUUCAAAACGUCGAAGAGUACAAAACAAAGAAAUUAAAAAGUCGUUUCCUUUACGGGUUCAUGGCUACGACAAAUUCAAACAGCUGUGUCACAUCAUGCACGACGAAGGAAUUAAAUACACGCUUCCUACUGCAUCCAGCAGCACUGACACGACACCAAACAGUGAUAGCUCAUCAAGUCCCAAGAGUGCAGACAUCGGAAUUCUGCAAUUCGAGGUGGACAGUGAAGAUGCCGUCAAUAAAAAGUCUCUCAGCCUUCGUCGGUCUAGGAGCUUACCGAGGUAUAGACCGAGUCAUGUCAAUGAAAGGGUGUGGACAGUCAGUGAUAGAACAAACAACUUAAACAGUUCAACCGACAGUGCAGCAACCACCAUUGAGGUCGCUGAUGUCAAACAGCAAAGGCAGUGGAAACGGUGUUUAAGUGAAAAAAGUAGGAAUACUCAAGAAAAUAUAUCUCCAAGACCUGGAAACUCCAUACGAAUGGGCGUCAGGGUAAUAAGUGCCAAAUGCCAAGUUUCAAUACAUUAAAUAUGUGUUUCUUGAUCAAAGAGUAGACUGCUAUCAUACUAUACUAUACAUUUUACUUGAACAAUUAUCAACGCCGCCUGUGUGUGGAAGUAAUUUACAUUUGAUAUUUUUCUUCGUAUUGGUUAGUUAUUGGAUAUUAAGUAAAAUUGAGAAAUCUGCUUGAUUGGAAUGAAAACGUUUUUACAAGUGCCAUUGUGACAUGGUAUGUUUUUGUCACUUUAAUGGGUAAUGUUUUAUAAAAUUAUAUUUUCACCUGGGUUUCAAAUGAAUGAAAUUGAU